CAUCCUCUCCUGGCUUUAUCCUCAUCUGCGCGCGUCUAUCGUACCGGUGCUGCAUAUGCUGUACGACGCAUAGCACAUUGUACAGACCAACAGAUUAGGCACAUUCUAGCGCGUCCAUUCUCGAGAAAAAUGCUGGCUUCGCCACUCUACCCUGCGCCUCCCUUCUCACCAGCUCGGAAUGCGGAGGAUUCUUCCCAGUAUCGCCCAGCUCGCGACAUCGAAUCUUUCAACAGUCUUCUCCCCCCUGCUAUUGAGUUUGUAGAGGGAUCAUCUUCUGGCACGUUAGCUGUAGCGGAAGGAAAAUAUGAGCCGAUAAAUGGGUCGCCGAAGGCCCGAGCUGUGGCUCAGACUAACGGAGCAUCCCCUGUAUCGAAUGUGAAGACUCCUCAGAAACAUAAAGGAUCGAAUCCCAGCCCAUCAACCCCGUCACUGCAUUCGGGGACGUUCGAUAUUUCAUGGCCAAAUGGGGUCACUGUAGGCUCUGGCCUACAAAACAUGGGAAAUACUUGCUUUUUGAACAGUGCUUUGCAAUGUCUCCUCCAUACCCCCCCGCUCCUUAGAGUUAUAUAUGCUCACUCCCAAGCGGACCCGUGUCGAGUCAAGAGUGGUUUCUGCAUGGCAUGUGCGCUAAGGGCGGUGAUGCUGGAAGCGCAUUCGGGGAAAAGGCGCGCCUUCAACCCUUACCAGAUUAAUACCAGAUUGCAGGCUGUCGCGAAGCACAUGAGGAAAGGGAGGCAAGAGGACUCCCAUGAGUACCUUCGGUACGCUAUAGACGCCCUGCAAAAGUCAUGUCUGGCAGGUCUGCCGCAAAAACCUGACCCCAAGCUUGCUGAGACGACAUGGGUUCAUAAAAUGUUUGGCGGCCGCCUCCGCUCAAGAGUGACAUGCCAGGAGUGUCAGCAUAACAGCGACACUUUUGAUAGCAUUCUCGACCUCAGCAUUGAUAUCAACAACUGUGGAGGGCUGAAGGACGCCCUGAAGAGGUUCGUAGCUGUCGACUACCUGAAAGGGCAGAACAAAUACAAAUGUGAAAAAUGUAAGAGAGCUGUAGUGGCUGCGAAGCGCUUCACGAUACACGACGCGCCUCUGGUUCUCACUGUCCAUCUAAAGCGAUUUACCCCCAUGGGCCGCAAGAUUGGACAUCCCCUCAGAUACGACGAGCGUCUGUCUUUGCAGCCGUACAUGAGCGAUGGGCAGUACGGGCCUACUUACUCAUUGUACGGCAUUAUCUCGCAUGCCGGUGGGGGCCCUAAUUCUGGCCACUAUUAUGCACAUGUCAAGGGCAGCAACGGUCGGUGGUACGAGAUGAACGACGAGUCCGUCACCCCCGUGCACAGUGCGCCAACGAAUAUGAAAAAUGCCUACAUCUUGUUCUACAUGCGGGACAAGGGU